UAAUAGUCUUCACUUUAUUCCUGAUUUAUACUUUAUUCCAACGCAUUACUGAAUAACGGCAGCUGUCAAUCCCUCACAUAUUCCUCACUACCGUUUCUGAUCAGACACGCAUCCUUAACGCUUGUUCCGUUCCCCGACUGAUGCCUCCUUCUGCCCGACACCGGCUGAUCCAAUUUAAGGAUGUCUUCAUCUAGAAUUAGCUUGUUUUGACCAGCCUGCAAGGCAUCCUGGGAGGCUGGGGAGCUUAAGGCCGGCCGGUAAGCAGCGAGGGUAUAAAAUGCAGCUCGAGGCACCGGGCUGAACAACUUCAGAGGCUUACCAAGUGUGGAGACCUGUAGCUCGGGAGGGAGUCUGCGUUGUUGCGUUUUUUUUUUUUUUCCAACAGCGAGCGGUGUUAGAACUCGAGUCCUGCAAACAUGGUUCUGGAGGAUUCUGAUGUGGAAAUGAUUGUUGCUGAGAUUGAAGUCAGCGAACACGAUGUUGAGACUCCUCACGGAAGACUCCACUGCACGAUGAAGGGCUCUCCCAAAGGGGACAGACCGGUCAUUCUUACCUUCCAUGACAUUGGCCUGAACCACAAAACUUGCUGGGACCCGCUCUUCAACCACGAGGACAUGGCGGAAAUCAUGCAGCAUUUUGCCGUGUGUCACGUCGACGCCUUGGGGCAGCAUGAAGGAGCCAACACCUUUUCCAGUGGGUACGAAUAUCCCUCUAUGGACCAGCUUGCUGAGACUCUCCCAUUGGUGUUGAAGCACUUUGGCCUGAAGAGCGUCAUCGGAAUGGGCAUCGGAGCCGGCGCGUACGUGCUGACCCGAUUCGCCCUGGACUAUCCAAAUAUGGUGGAAGGUCUCAUGCUCAUCAACAUCAACCCAUGUGCUGAGGGAUGGAUGGACUGGGCUGCCCACAAGAUCAGUGGCUGGACCCACGCUGAGCUUGAUAUGAUUAUUACCCACCUCUUUGGAAAGGAGGAGAUCCACCACAACCACGACCUUAUCGCCACAUUCCGCCAUCAUAUCUUGAACAACAUGAACCAGUUCAACUUGCAUCUCUUUGUCAAGGCCUACGAGAGCCGGAGGGAUCUGGAUAUUGAGAGGCCAGUCCCUGGAUGUAAUACCAGAACUCUCAAGUGCCCUUCUCUGCUGGUGGUCGGCGACAAUUCUCCUGCUGUGGAUGCUGUGGUGGAGUGCAACACCAAGUUGGACCCCACGAAAACAACCCUCCUUAAGAUGGCUGAUUGCGGAGGCAUGCCCCAGGUCGACCAGCCCGGAAAGCUGACAGAGGCUUUCAAGUACUUCAUCCAGGGAAUGGGAUACAUGCCCUCUGCCAGCAUGACCCGCCUGGCUCGCUCCCGUACCGCCUCCGGCUCCAGCAUCACUUCAGACGGCAACCGCUCGCGCUCGCACACCCACGAUGGCAACCGCUCGCGCUCGCACACCAACGAGGGGAGCCGCAGCCGCAGCCACACGACCGAGCAAGGCCACACGGACGCCACAGCCAACAACAACGUGGACCAGUCAGGACCCAAGUCCGCUGAAGUCUCCUGCUAA